UCAAAACACACACUCUUCCUACAAUUCAGGUUCUACUUCUAUUGGAUUGGAUCUUGAAUAUAAUCAUUUAGUGAUUUGUAAAGUGUGUUGCUGACACUGUUUGGAUUUCAAAGAUGAAGCUCACUUUGGUUUCUAGGAGUGGAAGAGAGAUUGUUAAAGGUGGCAUUCAGCUCAGUGAUUCUGCUACUGUAGCAGAUCUGCAGGAGGCAAUUUACAAGCGAAUCAAAAAGCAUCCAUCAAGGCAGCGUUUGACACUUCCUGUCCAACCAGGAUCAAAGGAAAGACCUGUUGUUCUUAAUUACAAAAAGAGUCUAAAUGACUACACGAGUGGAAAUUCAGAAACCUUAACCUUAGUAUUCAAGGAUUUAGGUCCACAAGUUUCUUACCGUACGCUUUUCUUCUUCGAGUACUUGGGACCUUUGCUUCUCUAUCCAGUCUUCUAUUACUUACCUGUCUACCAGUAUUUUGGCUACAAAGGUGAACGUGUCAUCCAACCGGUGCAGACAUAUGCCUUGUACUAUUGGUGUUUCCAUUACGCCAAACGAAUUCUGGAAACAUUUUUUGUGCAUCGCUUCAGCCAUGCAACCUCGCCCCUUUCCAACGUCUUCCGCAACUGUGCUUAUUACUGGUGCUUUGGUUCUUAUAUUGCUUAUUAUGUGAACCAUAUUAUAUACCCAGUAAGUGACCUUCAAAUGAAGAUCGGGUUCGGGUUUGGGAUACUUUGUCAAGUUUCAAACUUCUAUUGCCAUAUUAUACUGAGGAAUCUUCGCGGACCAGCUGGAGAAGGUGGGUAUCAAAUCCCACGUGGCUUUCUCUUCAAUAUCGUUACUUGUGCAAAUUAUACAACAGAAAUCUACCAGUGGUUGGGCUUCAACAUUGCAACGCAAACCAUUGCCGGUUAUUUAUUUCUCGCGGUUGCUACUUUUAUCAUGACCAACUGGGCUCUUGCAAAGCACAGGCGCUUGAAGAAGUUAUUUGAUGGAAAGGAAGGGAGACCGAGGUAUCCACGUCGGUGGGUGAUAUUGCCCCCAUUCCUGUAGAAGGCUGUGCUGCUGAUAUGAUUAAGGUCACCAACCACUCUGUGAUCACAGGCUUCUGAGAUUUAGAAUUGUAGCAUAAUGAAUUUUUAGUUAAUUAUUAUUCGUAUUUUAUAAGAUAUGAAUUUAAAUGUCUUUGGAUGUUUUUCCUAUGAAGUUUAUUUCCAUGUUAUUGAAGUUGUUUUUAUUAGAUAUUUGUAAUAGUUUCUCAAUUAUCAUAAUGUGGAUUAUUGUUUCUUAUGAAUCUUCAUCUUGCAUUGAUUGUGUUUGAUGUUAUUAAA